AUGUUGCAUGACAUGAUUCAUCCACAAGAGCAGCAGCUUCCCAGUGAUGAUAUUUCGAGUCCGAAUAGCGGGCCGCUUUUUUAUUUUUCCGACACCGAUCUCUUCUCCGACUUCGGUCUGCAAAGCUCGGAGGUUACGCCGUCGCCGGGUAAUUGUUGCUUUGAUGAAAGCACUAACUACGGGGAUAAGGUUAUCAUGUCACCUUCAGGGGCUUCCACUGCGACCGCUACCUCUACAAGCACCACCGUCAUGACCCCGGCCGCUGACAAUGACACUAACAUUAACAACAACGAUGACAACAACAACAACAAUUUGUCGUUAAUCUUUGACUCGUCCGAUGAUAUCGACAAUGGCAUUUCAGCUUCCAUAGACUUCUCUCACUGUCAACCCCCUUCCAAUUUUUCAGUUCCUCCGCCAUUUUUUUCGCAACAAGAUCACCAAUUCAACACCCCUUUAGUGCAACCACAAAUUCAGAUGUACGUCGAUAAUAUUUCCCCCGUCGACUGGUUUUCUCAAUACGGUGGUGAUCAGCACCACCUUUUUGCGGUACCCACGCUUAUGGGACCGUCGCCACCGUUACCGGCGUCUAUUUUUGAUGAUGAUUGUUUGUCUUCGAUGACUUCUUAUGUGCCUUUAAACCCUUCAUCUCCUUCAUGCUCUUUCCUUGGCGGUCCUUCAAUGGCGGCUUUCAUGCCGAUGAAUGUCGCUUUGCCGGCCGAUAGUUCUGAGAUUUUCACCGCCGGGAACAUUCUCACGGCUCCUCAUGAACUUUUACCACAAGACUUGGAAUUUCAAGGUGAUAAUGCCGGAAUUUUCUGUCCGGAUUCAAUGCAAUGGAUGUUUAAACCUGGUGAUUUACAGGGACUGAGCUGUGAGAAACAACAAUUGGUGGGAGCAAGAAUGAGCUCAACUCCUUUAGCAUCAGAGAUGUCAAGUUUGGAAGAUUCAACUUUCAACAAAGUUGGAAAACUCUCAGCUGAACAAAGAAAAGAAAAGAUCCAUAGAUACAUGAAGAAACGCAAUGAAAGGAAUUUCACCAAGAAAAUAAAGUAUGCAUGCCGUAAGACAUUGGCGGAUAGCCGACCUCGAGUGAGAGGCAGAUUUGCAAAAAAUGAUGAUUUUGGUGAAACCCGAAGGCAAGCUUCUAGCAAUCAUGAGGAAGAUGAUGAUGAUGAUCAAGUCGUCGUGAAAGAAAAGGAAGACAAACUUAACUGCUCGGAUAUUUUUACUAAUAUAAAUGGUGUCAACUCCUUUAGAUAUAAUUACUCAGUUCAGUCAUGGAUUUAG